GGUGCUCAGGUCGUCGGCCUCUACCUGCUGGAGAAGUCCGGUAUCACAGCCACCACACGGCGCCAUAUUAGAUCGACGCUAGCUACAGUGCCGCGGACGGAGUGAGGGGAGAGGAGCGGUAAUGUUACUCCACAAGACGAGGAGACACGGGCCGCAGUAACGUUUGUCAGCUCGUAUGAGACUCGAGGUAACUGCUGUAUGGUUGAGGACAGGCAGCUGAGUCAAACAUCUCGGGCACUGUAGUCCGAGGCGUGUUGUUUUCGUCGUUGUUCAGCUAACUUGCCCGCAGACAUGACUUCCCUGACUCUGCGGGGUUCGGGCCUCGUGCAGAGGCGGACCGAAGCCUCACGCAACGCCGCUGACAAAGACCGCCCGGCCGGCCAGGAGGACCACGAACCCCGCCGGGGGGACGAGCAGGACGACGACGAUACCAGAGACUCCAAAGAAACACGUCUGACCCUGAUGGAAGAAGUGCUGUUGUUAGGACUGAAGGACCGAGAGGGCUACACCUCCUUCUGGAACGACUGCAUUUCAUCAGGGCUGCGAGGCUGCAUGCUGAUUGAGCUGGCCCUGCGAGGACGCCUUCAGCUGGAAGCUUGUGGCAUGAGGAGGAAAGGCCUGCUGGCCAGGAAGGUGAUUUGUAAGUCAGAUGCUCCAACAGGUGACGUGCUCCUAGACGAAGCCCUCAAACACAUCAAAGACACCCAGCCACCGGAGACUGUGCAGAGCUGGAUCGAACUUCUCAGCGGUGAAACAUGGAACCCCCUGAAGCUUCAUUACCAACUGCGGAAUGUCCGCGAGCGGCUGGCGAAAAACUUGGUGGAAAAAGGCGUCCUGACGACCGAGAAGCAGAACUUCCUGCUCUUUGACAUGACCACACAUCCUCUGACCAACAACAACAUCAAGCAGCGCCUCAUCAAGAAGGUCCAGGAGGCCGUACUGGACAAGUGGGUGAACGACCCUCAUCGAAUGGACAAGCGGUUGCUCGCGCUUAUCUUCUUAGCCCAUUCCUCCGAUGUCCUGGAAAAUGCCUUUGCCCCGCUGCUGGACGACCAGUACGACCUGGCCAUGAAGAGAGUGCGGCAGCUGCUGGAACUGGAGCCCGAGGGGGAGAGCAUGAAGACCAACGCCAACGAGCUGCUAUGGGCCGUGGUGGCCGCCUUCACCAAAUGAGGCUGCCGCAAAAAGAAAAAGACAGAAAGCAGUUGUGGCAUUCAAGUGGCAUUGUAUGUUGAGGUAGGAAUCCGAGUACUGACCCCAACAUGGUGACUUGAUUGAACUACUAGUUUGGCCCUGCCUGGACUUUUGGAAUGGGCUGCCCUUUUUUUUUUUUUUUUCCCUCUCGUCUCUCUUCUCAUUAUCUUUCCAGAUAAGUGUCCUCGUUGAUCCUUCAUGGCCCUGCCCCCUCCACCUGUUCACUUUUGCUAAAAAUAAUAAAUCUCAUGGAACUUUGAAGUUGUUAAUGAUGGCACGGCUGAGGCUGAAAUCAAGAUGUCGACUCAUAUCCUCUUUUUAUUCCACUGGGUUUAUCUUUGUUACUUAGAGGCACAGUAUCUAUGGCACAGCUUCCACCUGAGAAUACAAUAACCAGUUGUGAUGUACAUGUACAGCCCAUGGACGGGAACGAUGUAUAGGAAUGAAAGGAUCAAGUGUGUGUCGAUAUGAUGUAUUCAGUGUUACAGCAUUCUUUGACUGGAAAAAAAAGAUCCACUGCCCAGUGCGGAAUGCUGUCAACUAAUUUCCAAAGUUGAUGCCUCUUAACCCACCCCAUUCAUCUAUUUUUCAUAUAUAUGA